AUGGAGGUUGAAGUGAGCCGAGAUCGCACCAUUGCACUCCAGCCUUGGAAAAAACAAAACAAAAAGCCAAGGCUCCUAAUGUACUCAUUUAAACAUCACUUGUGCCCAACUGGGUUCGGAAUUGUGCUGGGCAUGGGAUAUACAAAUUGGGAGCGGAAUUUUCAGGAAGCAGCUGUGCUGUGGGUGAUAGUCACACUUUAUUCUCUAAAACUCUCCUGUUUCAAUUGGCCUCUUGGUGCCAAAGCACCAUGGCGUGUUACACCUAUCAGAUCGGGCACAGUGCCCCUUCUUCCCAACCUGUGAUCUGAAAUGGCCAGCACUGCGCCUUCCAGAACCCAGCUUAGAUGCACAGUUGCCACGGAGGCAGGAAGAAUGAUUUGUUCGCCACCAAAAGCCCAGUUUCUCCAACAGGCCCAGACCCAGGCCUGCUGGGAGCACAACUCUCUCCCGUGCUCCCCCCACUCCACUCCAGGGCCACCCUUCCUUCCAGUCUUCCCCGUGGAGUUCGUGUUGGAAGAUGCCAGUGAGCAUGUCUCAGGGCUCUACGCCUUGCGCAGAUGA